GUAACAGUAAUCCUACGUCAUUUCCUCUCAUUUAAAAACCCCCGAGCCAUCAGUAGUAGAAGUGUAGCCUGAGGUAAAUAAGUGCAAGAGAUGAUUGUUGCUCCCCCUCACCGUCACCAGCUAAACUGAGGUCGACCUCCAUACCUCUAAACGGGACAAAGAGGGUGUUUUUGAAUUACACCGGGCGUUUGGAUGGUAUGGCUGAGUCGAACAGCGCGAGUUUUCCUCACACGACACCGAACGGGUCCAGUCGCCAUGAGAAGAGUUUGGGUCUCCUCACAGUCAAGUUCGUUACUCUGCUUCAAGAGGCCAAAGAUGGAGUGCUCGAUCUCAAAGUGGCUGCAGACAGUUUGGCAGUCAAACAGAAGAGGAGAAUCUACGACAUCACCAAUGUUCUGGAAGGUAUUGGGCUCAUUGAAAAAAAGACCAAAAACACGAUUCAGUGGAAGGGGGAGAGUUCAGGCUGCCAGCCUCAGGAAGUUCUCGAGCAGGUGGAAGUUCUCAAGGCAAAUAUUGCUGAUCUGGAGAUUCAAGAGAGAGAGCUGGACAUGCAGAAAGCGUGUCUGCAACAAAGCAUCAAGCACCUGAAUGAAGACUCCUCCAGCUGCAGAUACAGCUAUGUGACGCAUGAGGACAUAUGUGAUGCGUUUGGUGGGGAUACUCUUCUAGCUGUCAUGGCACCAUCAGGGACACAACUGGAGGUCCCAGUGCCGGAGAUGGGCCACAAUGGUCAGAAGAAAUACCAGGUGAACUUGCGAAGUCACACGGCUCCCAUCCAGGUGAUGCUGAUAAACAGAGAGACGAGCUGCUCCAAGCCUGUUGUUGUCUCCGUUCCACCUCUAGACGACAUUUCUGCCAUGCCGACUCCUCCUAGUACUCCAGCAGGGCUGCAGAGAUUCCCCAUCUCCUCAGCCGAUCUCUGUGAUCUGAAGCGUGGGCCGCUCAAAAGCCCCGCUGCAGAGCACCAACUCACUCCGUCCUCCACGUCCCCCGAUAUGCACAUGGAAUGCCACCCUGAGUCUCCUGCCAGUCAGUGUUUGCUGAUGCAGGGCUCUCUAGGUGGAGCUGAAGAACAGCAGAGGGACAUGGGUGGUCAGGAUCUGCAGUCCAUGCUGGAAGAAAUGAGGGAUGAGAGAGAAGGUGUUUCUAACCUCAUUGAUGAACUGAUGUCUUCAGAUGUUUUCCCCUUGCUAAGACUUUCACCUAACCCUGGUGUGGAUUACAAUUUCAACCUUGAUGACAACGAGGGAGUCUGUGACCUUUUUGAUGUGCAGAUUCUUAAUUAUUAAAGCAUGAUUCAUGCCACACCGGUCGACACUUGCUUUCAUAGGACAAAAGCAAAGGUAAUGAGCCCCCCCCCCCCCCCCCCCCUCACUGCCAACGGCUGCAUUCCUGCCUCAGUGCCUGCUCCUUGAACCUUGGCUUGCACUCAGUUUCACAUUCAUUUACAUUUCAUCCUUAGCUUAGGGUUGCAAGUCUUUAACAGCUUUAUCCUGUCUGCCUUCAACCAUGACUAAUAUUUAAGAGGAAGA